UUUUCGGUACUUAUAAUUACUCGGUUGUCCCGGUUCCGUGUGCAUGUGUAUCAAAACAGAGCCGUAGAUAUAACAUAACUAUAUAAGUACAGAGGUACACAAAGAAGAGAGUAUAAUAUGAUGUAAGAAUUUCCAUCCAAUUAAUGUGAAAACAUUUGAAAGAAAAUUUUAGUGAAUCAUUACGAUAAUUUUCAUACAAAAUUACUGAUUCAUGACACAUCCAUAUCCUUGUGUUCGCAAAUUUAAACGCUAAAAUAUUGAUUUUCUGAUGGACAGUACUACAAGCUUACGAACGAUGUCGUUGUAAAUACAUGCGUGUGUGCAUUUUCACUUUAUUGCAAAUAUUUUGCAACCAUUCCGGUCAAGUCGCUGAAUAAUCGUUAUUUCAAAGUUUUUACAGAAUCUUACAUUAGCAAUGAUAAAAGUUUAACUUAUCCAGGAGCAUCGUAAUUCAUUAGUUUAAAUCUCUUGUCUUGAGAGGAUAAGCAUAAAAGUUUAGAAGUAUAAAGAAGGUUCUGUUUGUGUGUGCCAUGGAUUCAAUGGACAAACUCAGCGUUUUCACAGCACUGGGCUUAGCUCUGGCUGUUGGAGCUUUUGUGUUGUGGGGUCCUUCACCUCGGCCAAGACGAAAAGGUCAAGUAGUCGGUAUCAAGAAUUUAGGAUACACGUGUUUCUUGAACUCGUUGCUCCAAGCUUUGGCUGCUUGUCCGGUGUUUAUAGAGUGGCUUAACAAGAGAAAAGAAAGUGGAAAACCGGAAUCAUUUACUACCAACUUGAUGCAUGUGAUAGACAAAAUUAAUGGAUUUACUGAUGAUGUAUUUGACGAUGUAAGACCUGUCGAAAUUAUAACUUCUCUGGGUCCACUUUGGAACUUUGCACCUGGACAUCAAGAUGCACACGAAUUGUUUCACGUUUUUUUAAGUGCUCUUCAGGCUGAACUUCAAACCUCGUGCAGAAAGGGGUGUUUGUCUGAUGCUCUACCAAAAGCUCCACUUGUCGUUACGGAUAUCAAAGGGUCUGGAGAGCCAGUCAACAUAAGAAGUGUAUCAUGUAAUGACAUUGCCAAUGAAUGCAAUAUUCCAAGUGAAAUCCAAAAAAAUGUUGGCAAUCAUGCUGUGUCGUAUACUCAGUCUACAAUGAGCGUAUUAACUGCAUCAAUGGCAUCCGUGAAACCUGGAAUUAUUCUUGCAAGAUCUUCAGACGUCGUAUCUGUGGUUGGUGAAAAUGGUGAACCUAGUGCAGAAGGUGACUCUCUGAGACCAUGGAAUUCACUUUGUACCAUUCCUUUCCAAUCCUGUGCACCAACAUUACCCAACAAAGUCCAUCCAUUUUCGGGUUUGUUGACAAGUCAAUUGAUAUGCACUGAAUGUGAAUGGAAGGGUCCGGUUCGAUUCGACAAAUUGGAAAGUGUUUCAUUACCACUACCUCCAGCCAGUGAUGGAGUUAUACUCAAAAGCGUGACACUUGUUGAAUUAUUAUCUCGAUUGGUGUCCAGAGAAAAAAUUAACGAUGUGCAAUGCGAUGGCUGUAACAAUCGUUGCGCUGCUUAUAAAACAUUAACGUUUGGCAAGCUGCCAAAGUGUCUGUGUCUUCAUAUUCAGAGAACAGGCUGGAUCUCUUCUGGAAAGUUAAUAAAACGCGAUGAUUCCGUAAUAUUCAACGAGUGUUUGAUAUUAGAUCCAUUUACUUAUACAGAAACUAAAAGGAGGGGUACACAGGGUAAAUUACAGACAGUGCUACCAGUGAAUGGACAAUCGAUGUAUCGAAACAGACACAAAUAUUAUCUUUAUGCCGUGAUUGAACACCAGGGUCAUGCAGAUGCUGGUCAUUUUAUUUGUUAUAGAAGAGGGAAUCGUCCAGGGCAGUGGUUGUACACGUCAGACACGAUUGUGCAAAAAGCUUCUUUAGAAGAUGUUCUAAACGCUAAUCCAUACCUACUAUUUUACGAGAAAGCUGUUGUCAGAGAACAAAAUUAAACAGGCUUAGAACUGCUG